AUGGGCAAGGGCACCGACAAGCUCUACAUCACCCACUCCGAGUGGGCGUCCGCCGACUCCUUUGGCGCCAGCAAAGGCGCCGCUGGUCGCUCCGGCCUCGCCACCCUUCCGAACCACGGCGCCGCCUUCCGCCGCCUACCCUUCAACUACUGCGCCGCCAGCCUGCAGCCCUUCCAGAACCCCGUGUGCACGCCCGAUGGCACCAUCUUUGACGCCGAAGUCAUUGCCGCCUGGCUCGACAAGCAGAAACCCAAGCCCGGCACCAACCCCGUGACCGGCGCGCCGCUGAAGGCCUCUGAUCUCAUCAAGCUCAACUUUGCGCGCAACGACGCCGACGGCUCGCACGACCUCAUCGAUCCCGUCACCUUCAAGGUCUUUUCCGACAACACACACAUUGUGGCCGUGCGCCACGGCACGUAUGCCAAUGUCUUUGCGUGGGACACGAUUGAGCGCAUGAACGUCAAGCCCAGGAUGUGGCUGGACUUGAUGGACGAUGCGCCGUUUACGCGCAAGGACAUUAUCACGCUGCAGGACCCGCAGAACAUGACCGGCCGCGACAUGAGCCAGUUCCAGUUUGUCAAGGACGGCAAAGAGGCAGCGCCGGCGCCGGGCGGCCAGAAGGGCACCGACGACGCUGACGGCGAGGAGGGCGACGGCAGCGUCAACGUGGGCGCGCUGGGUCGCAUGGGCGAAAAGAUGCUGCGAGCCAAAGAGGCCGUCGACAAGGCGCGGCGGGCACGCGAUGCGGGCGGCGACGUGAACCGGUCAGCCAGCACGGCCGUGGCCCGGACAGGAAGCGGCAACGGCGCGCUGGCCGCGUCGUCCACUACCACCACCACCACAUCAAAUACAUCUCGUUCCGACCUACAGCGCAAGCCCGCCUACAACGCAGCCACCUAUACCACGGGACGCGCGGCCGCUAGUUUCACCAGCACGGGCCUGACGCCCGAGACGAGCGGCGAGCGCGCCGUCCUCAGCGACGAGGAGUGGAUGCUCAAGCCCAGGCGCAUCAAGAACAAGGGCUAUGCGCGCAUCGAGACCAACGUGGGCCACCUCAACAUUGCGCUCCAGACCGAGUUUGCCCCCAAGGCCGUCUGGAACUUUGUCCGCCUCGCCCAGACGGGCUACUACCGCAACGUCGCCUUCCACCGCAACAUUCGCAACUUUAUGAUCCAGGGCGGCGAUCCCACCGGCACCGGCCGGGGCGGCACCAGCAUCUGGGGCAAGACCUUUGCGGACGAGCUCGAGGGGCCGCUGACGCACAGCGCGCGCGGCGUCGUCAGCAUGGCCAACAAGGGCAAGGACACCAACUCGAGCCAGUUUUUCAUAACGUACCGCGCCGCGAAGCACCUCGACCGCAAGCACACCAUCUUUGGCCAGGUCGUGGACGGGCUGGACGUGCUGGACCGCAUGGAGACGGCGCCCGUGGACAAGGCCAAGGGCGACCGGCCCAUCGACGACAUUGUGAUCCACGACGUCGUUGUGUACGUGGACCCGUUUGACGAGUUCUUGUCGGAGAAGCGCAAGGCGGACAAGGCGGAAGAGAAAAAGGCAGAGAUCCAGCGGCGCGGUGGCACCGACGACGACAAGAUGACCUGGACCGGCAAGCGGCUGCGCGGCACCGACGACGGCGCGUCUGGCGGGAGCAGCUCGGUGGGUGUUGGGACAUACCUUAAGCAGGCGUUGGUACAGCAGCAGCAACAGGUCGCCGCUGCCGCCGACGACGAUGCAAGUCUGCAACAAACGCCAGAAGCGUGGGAAGAACCUGUUAGGAAAAAGGCAAAGUCAGGCGGCUUUGGCAAUUUCGACAGCUGGUAG